AAGUGCCCGCCGAAAAAUGAAAUUCUUUCGUUUCGACAUGAAACAAGACUCUGCAGACGUUAAUUCAGAGAAGACACUCAAUAAAUUUUAAUAAACACUCUUGGAUACUCAAAUUACCCUCCGGAUCGAGCACUGUAACCGAAAUUAUUUUGCCAAUUAACCUCAACUUUCACCCUUGAACUCAUCGAUCUCCCCGAGUCUCGGUGAGCGCACACGUGUGACGUAACGCGUAUCUGUCCGCUUUUUGAGGCAAAAAAUGGCUGGCACCUUGGCUGAGGAUGAAAUUGGACGGAAAUGGGACCGUUGUUUCGCGGAUGCUGUCAUUAAAUUCGGCGGCGGUAUUGUCAUCGGCUCUGUUGUCUCCCUGCUGUUUUUUAGGAAGAGAUGGCCCAUUAUAACAGGGGCAGGCUUUGGCCUCGGUAUGGCCUAUUCAAACUGCGAAAAAGACAUAAACUCAUCAAUUAGCCAAUAUAAACCCAAAGGACGAAAGUGCGACGACGCCACAUGAGAUGAUCAUCCUCAUUUUUUUAACUAAAAAAUCCAAAAUCAAGGAAAUGUUCGGGCAGUGCUAUAGAAAACAAAUUAAUUACUUUCAAAAGCUCUGCCAGUCUAGUUAAAUUUGUAACAAUUCUAAAUAGCAUAAGACCAUUGCUGUGAGAAUAAAAAUCCAUACAGUGUAAAUAUAUUUAUUAUUAUCACUAUGCUGUAAAUUAAGUUGAUGAACAAUUGAGAAUAAAAUUUGAAUUUACUUCA